AUGCCUCAAAACGGACAGCCCCGAGUUCCCGUCCCGGACUACAGUAUCGAUGGGUACACGCUUGAAGAAGCCAUCAUGCAGUCGAAUGCUGUUCUCGCCGCGCAACUCAUUUCCCGCGGGGCCAAUGUCAACGAGACUGAUGCCAGGGGUAAAACCCUUCUCAUGCUCGCCGCCUCGGUGGGAAAUGAAUCCGUCAUAAAACUUCUCUUACAGAAAGGGGCGAAAAUAAACGCCGCGGACCACAACGGCCGGACAGCGCUGCAUCGGGCUUACAUUGAUGAUAUUACUACACGUACCCUGGUAGACCAUGGAGCUCAAGUGGAUAAACAGGACAAUGAUGGCAAGACGGCUUUGCAUCUCGCUGUGGAUGAUGAUGAAAGGGGAGUUGUUCAUAUCUUGCUUCAGGAGGGCGCUGACCCUGAUCGAAAAGAUAGAAAGGGAAGGACGCCCAGAGGAUUGGCCAAGAAGUACGGGAACAAGAAAAUAUUACGGUUGAUCGAGGCUUUUGAUGAUGAUGACGAUGAUGAGUGA